CUAAGGCUCAAUGGCGACGGACAUGUAAAUUUAGUUUGAAAAUUCCCCGGGAAAUCUGAGUUUCGCGGGAGGGCUCUUGAGCGCGUAAACCGUAUCCCUUCAUUCAUCAGGCCGUUUCCUGAAGCCAUUUCUAGUCGGUGGAAACGAGAGUUGCGCUACUUUUAAAUCCGAUGCAUCUGCCUAAAUGCACCUUCUUAAGGAAAAUUUACUUUUAAAAGUCGAUCAUUCAGACGUUUAUCUACACUUUGGGCUGAUUAUUUUUGAAAUCAUUGCGACGGAUUAGCGGCCGCACGGGCUUAAAAGUUGAGAGACAAGAGAGGGGUUACCCUGAAUACGCAAGAUGAGAAGAGGGAUCUCCUCGGCUCCGGACAAAGUGAUUUUAGCAGAGGUCGGGGGUUCUCCUCUGGACAGUAAUAUAAUUUUAACAGCUCUCGCGGAUCGUUUGAACCCCGGUCAAUCUAACGCUACGUAUAUCCAAAUAAUAACCACACCACCGCCUUGCAAUAUUACACAGACAUCAAAUGUGUGUUUAUCCGAGGCUCAGGUCAACAACAUUUACACAACUCCACAACAAGCGGCGGCGAACGGAGCAGGACAACGACCCGCUCUGGGGAGACCACCGGCAAAGAGGCGGUUGGCUCUUGAUGAAUCAGACCACCAGUACCAGUUAGAACCAGCCAGAACGCCACGCAGCAGAGGGGGGGGCCCAGCGGCCAACGGGACGCGCAUAAAGACACCCAGAACACCAAAGUCUCCACCAGAAAAGACGCGCUAUGACACUUCCUUGGGCUUGCUAACAAAGAAGUUUGUGGACCUGCUCGCUCAGUCAUCCGAUGGUGUUUUGGACCUCAACCUUGCAGCUGAAGCCUUACAGGUACAAAAACGGAGGCUGUAUGAUAUUACUAAUGUACUAGAAGGUAUUCAUCUGAUCAAGAAGAAAUCCAAAAACAACAUUCAGUGGAUGGGCUGCAGUCUGUUGGAGGUUGAAGGGGCUCUGAGCCAGAGACAAAGACUGACAGCAGAAGUUUCUGCUCUUGGCGAAGAGGAGCAGCGACUCGAACAACUCAUCCAGAGAUGCUCCCAGGAUAUGAGGCACAUGAGCGAGUUGCCCAGCAACCAAAAGUAUGCUUAUGUGUCAUAUCAAGACAUCAAGCAGGUGGGGAGCCUGAGAGACCAAACUGUGAUUGUCGUUAAGGCGCCGACAGACACCAAGCUUGAGGUCCCGGACCCUGACGAGAGUUUAUCCAUCCACUUGACCAGCACCAAAGGCCCAAUAGAAGUCCUGCUGUGCACCGAAGAGAACGACAUCGGAAGUCCUGUGAAAAAUGGCGGCGCAGACAUCAAUGGGAACUCGCCCUUCCUUAAAGUUGUUCAAGAUUCCAGCUGCACGACAACUUCCCCCAGGACCUUCAUCUCUCCACCCGCCUCCUCUUCCAACGCCGUCUCCGUCACCACCCUCUCCCCCAUCUUGUCUCCUUACACCAGUCUAUUGCAGCAGACAGAAGACCAGAUCCCAUCAUCCUUAGGGCCUUUCUUGAACCUUGAACCCCCCAUUCUGGAACAAGAUGAAUAUUUGUUGGGUCUAGAAGACGACCAGGGAAUAAGCGACUUGUUUGACGCUUGUGACUUUGACAAAAUACCCUCACUUGGCUUGGAUGACCUUCUGUGCAGCUAGCAUUCGCUAAAAAAAAAAAAAUGGAGCAGAAACGCAGGGAUGCUGGAGCCGAACGCCAUGUUGUCCAUGAUGUUUCCACUGUUCCAAUGAAGAGUACCCUGCUGUUUUACACGGGUGGUAGAAAUGUCUGAGUUUGUCUCAGAAACCAACAAAAGCAGCAACCUGUCUUACACCUCCCCACACCACGUGGCAUUGCACACGUGUCCUGGUUAAUAAUUGGAUUUGGCACAGCAGUAUGAUCACUCAAAAUAAAAUAUGAAAAGCAGGAAAAACCUUUUUUAGAAGAAAAAUCUCUGUAGAUGAAGUUAUGGCUGUUUUAGUCUAAAAACCAUCAUCUGUAAUGUGUUCCUGCCAUGUGCUAUGGGGAAGAAUUGUUUUGAACUGGGUACACCAAUGGUCUGUGAUUGAAGGCGUAUACUGUUUUUAUUGCUUAUUAGGCUUGUUUGUGUGCAAAUGUAGAGAAAAAAAUUAGAAAGUAAAAAAAAAUUUUUUUUUAAAGUAUUUGCUACCCAUCUAUUAUGACUGCAGGUAAUAAACGGUUAUGUGUGGAGAGCAGAGGUUUCUGUCUGCAAAAAGGAUCCCACAAUAGAGCGUUAUAGUAUUGUGCUCUAAACUCUUUUUUUUUAUUUUUAAUGAAGCAUCGAUAGUCGACGCUCUUUAACCACAGAGAUUGCCAUUUCUAGUCAAUUUGUCCUAAAAGAACCUUCAAAACUUUUGUGCAAUGAUGGAGAAAUUUUGCUUAGUUUACACUAGAAAAAGCCCCCUCCCCCCUGAUGAUGAUGAGGAUGUAUGAACAUCUCUUACUUCUGUCAUUCAGGACUAAAAUGUUGAGGCCUGUUGCCAUGGUGACACUUUCUGUAACGUGAUGAUGAAGUUGGGUGAAAGGCUGUCCUGUUUAAUAUCUGUCCCUGUUUUUGUUUUGUGUUUUGGUUGAAAGUAAAUGCAUUGUAGAAUGUUAAGCUAGCUUUAUGGUCAGCUAAAAACGAAGGAUCGCCGCUAAAAGAGACUCAAUUUAAACACGGGGAAUCAUUUCAUGGUGGUUCCCUAGAGAAACACGUCAGACAGGUAAUCUUUCUGCUGCUAGUGUUGACUUUUACCCAAUUGCUUUUGGCUUGAGCUGUUGUGUGUGUGAGUGUGUGUGUGUGUGCAGGGUAAUUAAGUUAUAACAGCUCCAGCUUGCAGAAGAGUUGGCUAGCCUGCAAGUUGAUGUACAGUUUUCUAUUUCUCUUGUUUUCCAACGCACAUGGUACUAUAGGCUACCUCUCACUAAAUGUUGAGCAGCAGUUAGUGUGUACAGGGCAAUGCCAUUAUGAGAGACGCUCUCAAGCCCCCACUUUUUCAUAAAUUCUGCUUCCUGUGAGUUUAGAAUUUACACUCAGGUGUAAGAAACCACAUGUAAGCCCCUUGUCGCACUGUGAUCUAUAUAUUUGUUCUUUUCGGAAGGAUGGCAAAAAAUAUAAUGUAAUUCCUAAGAAAUUUCAUCUUAUUUGUGUGCAAAGGUAUUUUUCUUUUUCUUUUUUACUCUAGAAAUGUUCUUACAAACACCCUAAAACUUAUUAUUUUUAAAGAAAAAUCUAAUACUGUCAUCAAAAGCAUCCCAACUUCUCGAUGGAGCGAAAACUAGUCAAACUAAUUUGAAUGCACAAAAGUGUCCUCUUCUAUGGACAUUUUAUUUUUUUAUUUUUUUCCACAAACCGUGUGUGUUUUUAGGUUUAAGAUGCAUCCCCCCCCCCCCCCCCCACACACACACACAUCUGGUUCUUGGACUUUAGUGCCACGCUUUACCACUUGUGUAGAUAGAACUUUCUGCCAUUUAUUUCAAGCUACCAGAAUCUUAUUGAAAUAUUUUUGUGGUGGACAUGGGAAUUUUUGGAGCGAUUGUAGUUUUUUCACAGAUUUCCAAUGGAAUGUUAAAGAUUUUAAUACACCACUAAAGCUAGGGUUUUAUAUCAUGAGUGAGUUGGUGUUUCUGCUUGUUUUUCCUAUGGUAUGACUGUUGCCAGGAGCUUUGUGGCAGUGAAAGAAGACUCCCAGGCUUUUGUUGUGGAGUUUGCAUGCAUUUCCUGGGUACUCUGGCUUCUUCUUGCAGUCCACAAGCGUGUGUAUGAUUAGGUUGAUUGUGUAGUCUUGAGUUGUGAGUGCGUGCGGUAGUUGGUCUCUGUGUGGCCUUGUGAUGGAUUUUGGUGUCGGUGACAGCUGGUCUGCUGUGCUGCUGAACAUUUAGGUGGCUAUAGAAUAAAAAGUUUAUAUUUGGGUCUUUAGAACUUGCAUAAACUUAGUAUUAGACUAAAUCUAAUAAAGUGUAAUUCAAACUGAAGUGGCAUUGAUGGACACCAAGAAAAAAAAAGGAAAACAAAAACUCGUGUUAAACUCUACUAUUCCAUAGGAAAUCAACUUUUCAGUAACAUUUCAAUAUUGCUGCCUUGUUCAACCAAAUUCAGAAACUUUACAGUCACGAUGCAUGAAUGAAAAAGCUGAAAUUUCAAGUAAUUGUCGAUUAGUUACAAUUUUGAUAUCAGUUAAAUGAGAAAUUUAAGUUUUGUAUGUGUGCGAUUGAAAAGAUUUGUUUUUGUACUAUGGGUAUUUGUUAUUAAAAAAAAUGAAUAAAGGAAAUAUAAACUACAAA